GUUUUACAUCGUGAAUAAUAUUCGUUUAUGUAAUUGAUCACGAAUUCGUUAUAUCAAAGUGUCGUUAACAGACAAUGUUUUGUGUGUACUAGAAAGAAAAUAGAAUGUAAAAGCAUAUUCUGCUUCUAUAGAGUAUAAAAUUAUUGAAAACUUACAAAAACUCCCACACGAAAUGGACUUUGGAUUGAACAAGAUUAGAUGUGGUUAUAAUUUUAAAAUAUUUUUGUAUUUGAAAAUGGUAUCAUGAAAAUGUAUGACAGAAAAAUUGAUUCGGAAGAAUUGGUGAUCAGUCAAGGAAAAUGUUAUUUUUAUUCUUGAUAUAUGUGAUAAAAAUAAUGAGGUGAAACAAAACAUAAAUAGUGAACAAAAAAAAUGGAGAAAUUAUAUGAUUCAACAUCUACGGAUCUUUCACGUUCUCAGGGAGAUCAAGAAAAGAUUAGACGUUUAUACAGAUACAUCAGUGAUACAGCACGUAUAUUAGAUGAAUCUCGUGGCCGGGCAUCAACAAUACGAGAUUUAUUCACACCAUUACAAUUAUCAAAUCGAUGUCGUUUACGUGUCCAUUGUGAAAAACUAAUUUUUUCACAUCCAUUACAAUAUGGCAUAAAAUGUGAGGAAUUAUUAUGGCGUAAAUCAUAUUAUGAUGUUAUAUCAACUGCAAAGCGUUUUAAAUCAUCAUCUACAAAUCAUCAUAACAAUACAACUACAAAUCAUCAUAACAAUAUAACAACAAAUCAUCAUAAACAUCAACAACAUAUUUACACUGCAGAUGAAGUUGCGUAUAUUGAUGCACAUAUAAAUGCUGGUAUUGGUCAUUAUUAUCAUACUAUAGCACGAUUACAACAUGAAUAUGAUUUAAAUUUAUUUGGUACUAUUGAUUUUUCAUUUAUUACAACUUCAACAUCCACGUCAAUAAAUCAGUCAAAAUCGAAUAAAAUUGAUCAAAAAUUAAAAGAAUGGGCGAAAAAUUCUUUACAUCGCUGUUUAAUUUACUUAGGCGAUUUGAGUCGUUAUCGACUUGAAAUACAUCCCGAUCAAGACCCAGUAUUAGCAAUACGCUACUACGUUCAAGCAUUUAACUUUAAUCCCGACUUAGGUAUUCCACAUAAUCAACUUGGAAGUCUCGCAAUUAACCACAAUUAUUCAUUAGACGCGGCUUACCAUUACAUGCGUUGUUUAUCAUGUCCACAACCUUUUGAUGGAAGUGAAGGAAAUUUAGUUCGUUUAUUCGAAAAAAAUUCCAUUGUAUACGACGAAAUAUCUUCAAUCAAUAAAAAAACAUCUUCGGAAUCACCAGAAGACCCCAUAAACCAUAUAAAACGUUUAAUAACUCGAUUUUUAUAUUUAAUUUAUAUCUGGUUCUUUGAUAAACAAAUUAAGAUUGAAGUUAUGAAUUCAUUAUGUCAGGAGACUUUAUUAGAUCUUCAAACAUGUAUUACCUAUCCAAAACCAUUAUCUAGUGAAUCAGAGGAAAGUAGCAUUGAGGAUGAUGUCCAGGGAGGAAAUUCAAAAACGGAAAUUAUAACCCCACAAUAUAUUCGUACGGAUAUUAUUUUCAAAAUGGUCGUAAUGUGUUUACUAUGUAUUUCAAAAUUACAGUCCAAAUCAUCUCGAAAAGUUUCGGCCGUGGUUGCAUUCACAUUAGCGAUUUAUUCCCAAUUAGUCAAGGAAGUUGUACAACAUAUACAAGAUAGUGUCCUUAAUUUAUCGAUUAUUAGUCCUGAACCUGUUAAGAAAUCCAUGAAACGAAAAUCAAUAUUGAAAUUACGUCGGCGUCGUAAACGGAUUAAUAGCAGCGAGGACUCCGAUUUAAGUGAUACGGAUAUACCAUAUAAUAGUACAAGUUCCGAUGACGAAGAGGAUGAUUUUAAUUCGGAUAUAUCCGAAGAAAGUACAACCGAUACAGAUGAAUCUGAAAUUGAAGAAUAUGAAGACACAAAUUCGGCUUCAAAUACGACCAUUAUCUCAACAAAAAUUGAGACCAACGGCGGAGAUACAAAUGAACAGUUAAAAGAAUCUGUUCGAAAAUUACGUCGAUUAGAUCCAAAUGAUGUGCUUGAAUUGAUCGCGGAUGAAGGGAUCUUACAAAGUAUCAAAAUCUUAUCGGAUUGGUUGCUAGGGGAUAUCGAAAUUAUUAAAGCUUGUGGACAAAGUAGUCGAAUACUGAUUCAACGGAUUAUUCAAUUAAUUAAUCUUAUUAAUAUAGAUACGAAACAAAAUAAGCGUUAUUUGAAUAAUGUUAAAGUGAGUCCAGAACUUUUGGAUAAAAUUCAUCCAACUAUUGCGUUACCCGAGGAUAUUAUACUAAAAAAUGUGACGAUUUUGAAGAGCGCUCAAAAACAAAUUAACUGGUUAGAGUCAUAUAAAAUUUAUUUACCAAAAGAGGAAGCUUUGAUACGUUUAUAUAAAUUAAUUGAUUUUGGACAUUUUUUAAAAACUAUACCGGAAACCGGUGUAAAUUAUAGUGAAAUGGAACGACGUUUUGAAGUUGCGGAUAUUAUUUCGGAGAAUGGUGAUUGUAAUCCACCAUUAAUGAAUGUUUUAAAUGACGAAAACAAUCGUAAAACAGAUGAAACCGGUGAUCCAGGACAACCAAUAUCACGUGGUGAAUUAAUGAAAAGUAUGGGUCAGCUAUGGUUAGCAGCCGAAGUUCGUGACUUAGAAUGUAAAGUACGUGGCCGCACUGCCCUAUCACCAUAUUUGGUAUUAGAUACCGAAGCAUUAAUACAUCAUACACAUUUAAUUAAACAAUUGGUCGCCGCUCGCAAAUUUAUUGUUGUGGUUCCAUCUAUCGUGGUAUCAAAUCUAGAUGAAUUAAAACGUGAAACCGGAAAAGCACGUGACGCAAUACGAUGGUUAGAGGCCCAAUUUCAACGUGGUAAUCGAUUUUUACGUGCUCAGCGUAACCAUGAACACACAUCAAUACCAUUAAUAAAAUACCCGAAGAAAAAGGAUAAAAAUGCAUUUAUUUACAUCCAAAUAAUCGAAUGCUGUUACUUUUUAACGCGACAACAAAAGGACUCAUUAGACUUGGUAACCCUUUUAACUGGCAAACAAUCACCAAACAUCCCAAAUGGAACAACCAAUCAUAGCAACAAUUUUUAUGAUGGUCCCAAAGAAAUUAGUUACACCGGUUUGGCACAAACUGCUGGUAUUGCAUUAGAACAUAUUACAACAUUUCAUGCAAAAUGGAAGAAAUCGCUAAAAGGUCAAAGGUGAACAAAUCUAAAUGCGAAAAUUUUUCGCAUGCGACGAAAAAUGUGUACUUUUGAGUUAAUUUUUAGAAAUGCGUCUGAUUUCAAAUUGUGAGAAAAAAAUGGACGGCAUUUAUAUAUGGAUACCCGAUUUUUUUAAAAGGAUAAAUAGAAUAUAAAAAUCGGGAUAGAAAAAUCCUCUCACAUAAUUUUGAUAUGAAGGGAAAAUAAAAUAUAUGAUCCAAAAUUACAGUGAAACCUCACUAUAAAAUUGUCUUAUUUUUUAAAACCACAUGAUUUUUAACAUGACUCUUGAUAGGGUGUGCAUGAUGUGCUGUAUUACAGGUUUCACUGUAAUAACAAAAUUUGUGUUUAUUUUUUAUUAUUUUGGAUUGGGCUCUUAUCUCCCUGUUGCUUGAAGAAAAAAAUCAUGUGAAACAUGUUUGGUUUGUUUUUGGAAAUUGUCACAUUGUUAACUUAUUAGAACAAAAGGUCUUUCUUUUUUUAUAACUUUACUAGUAAUCUUCAAAAAGAAAAUUGAAUCUUUUUUCUCUGGUUUUCUCGUUAUAUUUUCAUGUGGGAUUUGUUUUGAAAUAAUCAAAAAAUGUGCU